AUGGUAAACUUCUUCAGUUUUAAAACUCUAGAAGUGGAAUUGACAACCCAUGGUUUCAUCCCAGACUACCGAGUUUUAACUUCCUACUCCAGACUCGCUUGGCUUGGGCUUAUCGAAGGCUUGGGGUCUACACCCGCAAUGGACAGUUUGGCACCGGCAAUGGAUGUUGGUCGCGGCUGUAUCCACCAUUGUGACUACAUGCGUCCGCAUUCCGGACCAGGUUAG